GGGCACAGGUGGGUGGCACUGGUGGGCACAGGUGGGUGGCGCUGGUGGGCACAGGUGGGUGGGCACAGGUGGGUGGCACUGCUGGGCACAUGUAGGUGGCACUGCUGGGCACAGGUAGGUGGCACUGCAGAGUGGCACAGGUGGGGGCACUGCUGGGCACAGCUGAUCGGAACUUGCGGGGGUCACUGCUGGGCACCGAUCAUCAGGGCACUGAUCAUCAGUGCCCUGAUGAUCGGUGCCGAUCCCCGCUCUGACAACUGCCGGUUCUCGGCAGUACUUUCCUCACGAUCUGACAGCGUGAGGAAAGUGCAGCCGAGAACCGGCACUUGC